AUGAGUCACAACUGCUGCUCUGGAAACUUCUCCUCCCCCUCCCUUGGGGCCUACCUGAGUUACCCAGGUUCCUCCUGUGGCUUUUCCUACUCUAACGAUCUGGUCUACAGCACUGAACCUCUGCUCUCCCAGCACCUGCCAGCUGGGCUCCUCCCUCUACAGCGGCUGUCAGGAGACCUGCUGUGAGCCCACCAGCUGCCGGACGUCCUGCGUGGUGUCCAGCCCCUGCCAG